GGGGGGGGGGGGUGAUUAUACAAGCAGUUUGAUGGUAAAAAUCCCCUUCCAUUCGUUUUUACCACACGAAGCUUUGCUCCACAAGGGGAUUCGUUCGUCAAUGGAGCACGCGGGCUAUGGUGGUGUAAUUUAUUUAUAUCUUCUCUUUUGUUUGCUUCAGAAAAUAUGGAGAUGAAAGAGUUAGGUUUGUAACAUAUACUACUAUUGUGUUGUUUUUUUUGUUCUUCUUCUUCCCCUUUUGAGCGAAACCGUCUUCGAUUUCAUGCCAAAAAAAUGAAGCCUUUGUGAUUUUAGUGAAAUGUUUGAGUGCCCUUUUGUUUCUUCAAGGAUUGUGCCUCCAUGUCUCUCUUAUCAGUUAUCCCAUUCCCUAGAGACUUGAGGAGGACAUUUGUUCUUACUAUUUCUCUUUUUUUUUUUUGAUAGCUUCUUACUAUUUCUCUAUGAUAAAGAUACCCGGAAUUGCCCACCCUGUCAUCUACUUCCCUCGCCCAAUUUAUAUGUGGACCAUUUUUGUCUUGUGUCUGAGAAGGAAGCCGCCUUUCAUAAACCCCAAAAAAAUAAAAAUAAAAAUAAAAUCCUGUAUUUAUCAACUCCAUUUCUUUAUUUUCUCUUCUAUCCCGUCGCCAUAAAAAACACUUGAAUAAUCUUCAUCUUCGUUUUUAAUAUUACAAUCGAAACUCAAUAAUGGCGUUAGUACCUUCAGAACCAAAUGCCAAAACAACAUCAGUUAAAACCAUCUCGUCUUUCUUGAACAGCUACGACGACGACGACGAAGACGACGAAAGCUUCGAGUUCAAGAUUGACGAAGACGGAGAAAUCUGCGUUUUUUCCGCAGACAAGUAUUUCAACGGAGCGCUGGAGCCGCCGCCCCUGCGCCGAGAACACUACCCUGUGAAUUUUCGCAACCGUGGGUCCCCUCCACCUCCUCUUCCUCGUCAUCAAUCUCAUCAUCACCAUUCGCCGAUGAAGAAACCACCGGGAAGCCGGCCAAGAACUCCAAGUGUCCGGUCUGAGUCAAGCUGGAACAGCAAAACCCACCUCCUGCCGCCCAAAACUCCGGAAACCCGUCCUCUUCCUCCGGCGGAUAGCUCCGGGAAACUCCGCCGGAGGAGUUUCUUGUCCGCCAUUGCCUGCAAUCAUUGCUUCUGCAAUGGCGGGAGCUCUGUCGAAAUUGAUGAGAGUAAGAACAGAGAAGCCAAUCCCAAUCCCAAUCCCAAUCCCAAGCAUUUGCAGAUCAAGAAUUCCCCUGUUUUUAGUUCCCCGAAAUCCGGCACGAGAAUGGCCGCCGAUUGGGGUGAGAUCUUCGACGAAGAUGAUGACGACGAGUACGACGAAGUAAGAAGCGAAGCCAGCUCGGACCUAUUCGAGAUCGAGAGCUUCCAGGGCGGGAACCCGAACCCGUUCGACCGGCCCAUCGGCGUCCCGGCGAGGACUUCAUCGCACGCUCCGAGCGAAGCCAGCGUCGAGUGGAGCGUGGCGACGGUUAGUGCCGCCGAUUUCUCGGUGGCUUCGGAUUCCGAGGAGCCGAAAAUGGUGACGUCUUCUUCCUCGUCAUCACCGUCGCGGCUUAAUAAGGGGCGUAGUAGAACGGAAAAAACGAAAAACUCGCCGAGACGGAUUGUGCCUGGGAUUCUAAUUCCUACGGGGUGUAGGAGUGAGAAGGCGGUGGGAGUUGCCGGAGAUGCGUACAGAAGAACUGUACCCGGCGGUCGUCGGAAGAACCAAAGUUCAGAGUCCCCUUUUCUCCCGCCAUUGAACAGGGUACGAGGCGGCGGCGGCGGUUUUGGUGUCGGAUCCUUCUCUGCCGCCAUCUCAACUCAUAGCCAACCCCAUAUGCUCUUCAUUUAGUCAAUCUUGGAUUUACAAGUUUACGCCAUUACCUGUAGUCAAGUCAGACUCCUCCAUCGAAGAGACAGCAAUCUUCCUCGAUGGAGUCGCUGCGCUCUUCAGAUCUCCAAACUUCUUUGCUGCGCUCCAAGUCUCCAACAUCCAACUCGCCAGUUCGCCACACCCGCAGUCCAACUCGCCACAAUCGAAAGUGAAUCAGAGUCCCUACUCGCCACUUCGCCACAAUCCCUGGGGGGCAAUUGUCGCCACAAUCUGAAAUUAGACUCCUCAAUCUCUAGUUUCUUGACUUUAUUUCUUCUUCAAUUCAGCCGCAGAAGGUAUGAAACAUAUAUGUUCUUUAAUUUUAUUUAUCAAGUCAUUCUAACAAAUGUUUGGGUAAUUCUCCAGCAAAUGUCCGGGUAUGAAGCAUAUGUUUUUUAUUUUUUUUCUAGCAAAUGUUUGGGUAUGAAGCAUUUGUGCUUUAA